AUGAGGUUAACUUCAGCAGCUAUGAUCUUGAAGAAAUGUGCCAAACAAACACCUUUUUCUUCUGAUGUUUUUAUUUUGGCUUAUAACGCAACGCUUAUCUGUUCUAACCCUUUUUACUGCAUCAGCUGCUUAUGAGAGCGAGUGGAAUAAAUUUAUAAUUAUUUAAAAAAUCAAAAUGAAUGCAUCUAUUGAUUUUCCAUCUGACAACAAAACAUGCCGAGGCAAGUGCAUCCUAGAGAUGCAGAAAAUAUUAGAGCCCUCAGUGAUUAUGGAGUUCUUUGAAGUUGUUCGGGACUUCCAUAAUGAUGAUAAGACUGCAGGAAAACUGAAGAAUAUAAUAUUGUCUGAAACUUCUGAAGCUGUUAAGCUGCUUAAUGAGAGAGCAUCAGAAAUGAUUCUUAUGGUAGAUGAGAUGUUUCUGAAUCGUCGUCAGCGUCAAUCUUCCUUCUAUCGUCUUUGUCACGACCUAGCUAGGAAGGCUUCACCAGAAGGAGACCAUUUGCCCGAUAAGUCGAAAUGUGUUUGCUUCUCUGCGGAAAACUUGAGAAAGUUUAAUGUUGAUCCAGGUGCUAAUACAAACCUAGACUUCUCUUCCAAUUUGAUGUCAGUGAAGGAAGCAAUAAAGCAGUACUUUGGAGAACUAAGGUGUACAAACUGUGAAAGGUUUAUGCAAUUAUGUCGCUCUGGUAGCAUGAUGAGCUCAGUGUCUGAUUGCAAUUGCUCCAGUCCUUCUGUCGCUUCGCAGCACAAAGUACAUGAAGCUAUUUUAGAGCUCAGCAAGAGUCAAGAGAAUAAAAUGUGUCAGGAUCCCUGGUACCUCACACAACUCAAAAGAGAUGCUGACUAUUUCAUGAACAGAUACAGGACAUCUUCAAUUUCUUCUUCCGAUGAAUCAGUGAAUUCAUUUGAGGUGAUUUCGUGCUCUAAUCAAGUGAAUUUUCAAGAGACUGAUGCCAUGGAUAAUGAAAGUCUCAGUAGUGAUUUAAGUAUUCAAGAAGAAAGCGACAAGCUCUCAGAUCCUCUUCAAAAUUCCUCUGUCUGUCCUGCUUCUGAUAUACAAAAUUUUAGCAAGAACUUAAACAAUAAGUUGAUGCAUUCUUUUUCAACAAACUUAACCGAUGCAAAUAAAGGCAACGUCGACACGCAAUGCAGAGCUAAUGAGGCAGCUGAAAGCUUAAAAAUCACCAGAAAGAGAUUAAAUCCUGCUGAUGUUUUGAGGCAAUCCUUUAGUCCUUACUUUGACAAGUGCAAUAACGCUCAGAUACCGUACCAUUCUACAAAAAGAAAUGAUCUUCCAAAAGUUGAAGCUCGUCCUGCAGAAUGCUUGAGACACAAACUACUGAAGCUCCGCAUUGAUUCAAGACUAACCGAGUUUGGGACGGUGAAGAAACCGGUUAACCUUACACGUUAUGAAAAACCUUCUGUUUCUUUGAAGUCUUCUUUAGAUUCUUAUUUUAAGAAAGAAGCCUUAAAAAAUUGGCUCCGUAAUUAAAUUAUAUAGGUUUUUUAUUGAUAUAUAAGAAAGACAACUAGCACGCCAUUCCAUUCCAUUGACAGG